UUUGUGGUCCUCGUGGAGGCCAUGUCUGAAUAAACAACAAUCUGACAUAAACACCAUGAACACAGCCACAGACACAUGGGACAUGCUAGCCGACUGAGCGAAGUUGCCGAAGACAAAGGGUCUCCAAGACACCAGAACAAGACUCCCAAGAUUAACUGCUGAAGUACUGAUCGAGUUCUGCGUUUCUUCAAUGAGGAACUACAGGCUGAUCUUCUGCCAUAAUCUCAAACAACCAUAAAUGACAGAAAGAUGCUUGCUCAGUGAGGGUAGCUGGUGCAGAAGCCGUUUUUUAAACUUAGGUGUUUAAGUACUCAAAGAAAAGACAGCUUUGAUUUCUGGCUGCAAAAAAGCUAUGAGGAAGAGCUCCUCCCCUUCCUUGAGUAACUGCAACUCCGAUCUUGCUAACAAAAUAUUUGGAAUUCCACUUGAUGAGCUGCAGCAGGGAGGACAUCCAGACAAUGAGGUUCCGUUCAUAGUCCGCCACGUUGUGGACUAUAUUGAGGAACAUGGAGGUCUGGAGCAACAAGGGCUGUUUCAAGUCAAUGGGAAUGCUGAGACAGUGGAGUGGCUUCGGCAGAGAUACGACAGUGGAGAAGAGGUGGAUUUGGUUAAGGAAGCGGACGUCCCCUCAGCCAUUAGUCUCCUUAGGUUUUUCCUGCAGGAGCUCCCUGAGCCCGUCAUACCUGGCAGCUUGCAUAGUCACUUGCUGCAGCUUUCUCAAGAUUAUAAUAAUGAAGAUGAAUUUGGAAGAAAGUUGAGGUUCCUCUUGCAACAGCUUCCACCUGUUAAUUACAGUUUGUUAAAGUUUCUAUGUAGGUUUUUAGCCAAUGUAGCAUCACAUCAUGAAGAAAUUUGGUCUGCAAAUUCUUUGGCUGCUGUUUUUGGUCCAGAUGUCUUCCACAUUUACACGGAUGUGGAAGAUAUGAAAGAGCAGGAAAUUGUGAGCAGGAUAAUGGCGGGGCUUCUGGAAAAUUAUUAUGAGUUUUUUGAGAAUGAAGAGGAAGAUUUUUCAUCAAAUGAUUUGAGUUCAAUUACUGAGCAGGCAGGUAGCAGCAUUCUCCACAGUCUGGAGUCUGGAGAGCAGGCAUUUCACGAGGCCCUAGAGAAGGGAAUUACAGCAGUCAAAGAAAGAAGAGAUGUUAAUGAACUUUCUGAGGAAGAAGAGGAAGAUGAAAAGCUGGAACAUAUAGAAGAACUUCCAGAAGAAGGUGUAGAAAAGUCAGCUGGCAUGCCAGAGGUGUUGCAGUUAAGGAUGACUGAAAACAUUCUGGAAUCAGACAGUGUUACAGCAUCAACAAGGGUUGAUGCUGCUGCUGCUACUACUAAUGCCAGUGAUGCUAACAUAAAGUGUUCAAAACCUGUGGCUGGUACUACUGCAGAUAAUGAAGUCAUGCAGCAAGAUUUUGUAUUUGAGGAUCAGAAAAAUAAUGAGCCUGUAGGUAUACUGUUAGAGCCUUGUAGUGACCACGGGGAUAGUGAAGAUGGCUGUCCUGAGAGGAAGGAAUAUUUAUUACGUGACAGUGAUAAAUUGCCACACUUGAUUCUGGAUUCUAGCAGCAAGAUGCGUGAUUUGAAUGCCAACACUGAAUCAGAAGUAACCGAAGGUCAGAGUGUUGGUGUUCAAGGAGAAGCAGCAUGCAUACAAAUUGCACAUUUAGAUCUGAAGAAUGUUUCUGAUGGUGAUAAAUGGGAAGAGCCGUUUCCUGCAUUUAAGUCUUGGCAGGAAGACUCUGAGUCUGGAGAAGCUCAGCUGUCUCCACAGGCUGCCAGGAUGACUCACCAUCCCCUGGGAGAGGACUGCCCUCCAGUAUUAUCUCAUCGGUGUUUAGAGUUUGGGCAAAGCCAGCGUUUCCUACAUGAUCCAGAAGCAUUGGAUCUCUCCUCAAAGGCACUUUCCUUCACUAGAAUUCGAAGGUCAUCUUUCAGUUCAAAAGAUGAAAAAAGAGAAGAUAGAACACCUUAUCAGUUGGUCAAGAAACUUCAGAAAAAAAUCAGACAAUUUGAGGAGCAAUUUGAAAGGGAAAGAAAUAGCAAGCCCUCCUACAGUGACAUUGCAGCCAAUCCGAAGGUAUUAAAAUGGAUGACAGAGCUUACAAAGUUGCGGAAGCAAAUUAAAGAUGCAAAACACAAAAACUCUGAUGGAGAAUUUGUGCCUCAGACACGUCCUCGGAGUAACACUCUUCCAAAAAGUUUUGGCUCUUCUCUAGACCAUGACGAUGGUGAGAGUGAAGGUGAGCCCAGAGUCAUUCAGAAAGAGAAGAAGCCAUCUAAGGAAGCAACUCUCGAGCUGAUUACAAAACGACUGAAGGAAAAUCGUGCUGAGCGGCACCUUCCUGAGGAUAUCAAGAAAAUGACAAAAGAUCAUUUGAUAGAAGAGAAAACAUCUCUGCAGAAAAGUCUGCUUUACUAUGAAAGUCAGCAUGGAAGGCCGGUGACCAGGGAAGAAAGGCACAUUGUUAAGCCUCUCUAUGAUAGAUACAGGCUUGUAAAACAGAUGCUGACAAGAGCUAGCAUUACUCCUGUCCUUGGGUCUCCCUCCACAAAACGCCGGGGUCAGAUGUUACAGCCAAUCAUAGAAGGAGAAACGGCACACUUUUUUGAAGAAAUCAAGGAAGAAGAAGAAGAUGGUGUUAGCCUCUCCUCUGAGUUAGGUGACAUCUUGAGCACAGCCGUGCACACACAGUCGUCCUUGGAAAACUCAGAAUCUGAUGCUGAAGAAAAUCAAGAAAAACUGGCUCGGGAUCUCUGCUUAUCAAGUACUCGGGCGGCUUCUAUGCCUGAAUUACUGGAACAACUUUGGAAAGCCAGAGCUGAGAAAAAGAAACUACGUAAAACGUUACGGGAGUUUGAAGAAGUGUUUUAUCAACAAAAUGGAAGGAAUGCCCAGAAGGAGGAUCGGGUUCCAGUGCUUGAGGAAUAUAAAGAGUACAAGAGAAUUAAAGCCAAGCUUAGACUUCUUGAAGUUCUUAUCAGCAAACAAGACUCUUCAAAAUCCAUAUAAUAUAUGUUCCUUGAAAGUUGACAUCAUAAAGUGAUUGUGUUCCCUGACAGUUGACCAUGUGUACUUGGCUCGUUUUCGUUCACUUUGUCAGACACUCAGAGAAGCCAUGUUGUCCUUGUUUGUGGUUCCAGUAGGGCAAGGGAAGCUGUCACAUCACCGCAGGUCCUCGCCACUCAGUACACAUGCAGGCUCCCUCACUGUUCACUGCAGAUACAUCUAGUACUUCAAGAACUUUCAAAAUAUAAAGCUUUUCAUUUACUUUUUUUUUCUUUUGUAUUACUGAAGAAAAUUGAGAGGAAAAUCUUCACACUGAAUGAAAUUCUUUGGUUGCCUUUUUCUUACAAAAUGACUGAAAAUUUAAAAGAAUAGCCUAUAAAUGUGACAUGUAUUGUUUUUUUAUAGAAAACCAAACUGAAUUUUCAAAUCCUGCAUUGGAACACCUUUGUGUCAUUUCCAAAGUGGUACCUGCACAGAUAGUACUUAGCCAGGAUUUGCAAUUCAGUGGUCACAGCACUGAGUGCAGAGAACAGCAGGUAGGGCAUAAAGCAGCCUUGCGUAGUCACUGCAACAUUGCACACAUCACUCACAGAGCUGAGUCACAUCACAUGCUGCCUACAGGACUUCAGUUACUGUCACCAGCUUCCAAUGCUGACUUGUCUGGAUCAAACCCUGUGCUGUCCCCAACCCACCUCCAGAUAAUGUGAGAAAACAGUCAUGCCGGUGUGGAGGGACUUGGCGGUGCUCAGAUCUGUGCAUCAUCAGAUGGGCCUCAAAAGAAUGAGCACACCCCAGUGUGUUCUCUAAGGGCUAGACCACUGCGGCUUUACAUGUUUAUUCAGGGGCUUCACUUCCACGUGACCACCUCUCGCCCAGCAGCUUGCUGUUUAAAGCAGCCACUCACGGGGUGUGUGCAGUGCUCUGGUCCUUACUGUAGACUCUCAGCACCUUUUCUUUCCUUUGGCUUUGCAUGGCUUUUCAGCUAAUCUGCUAAUCACUUUUAUGGGAUAGUAACUUGUGUUAAUACGACAGAUGUGGGUUGUCCCUCAUACCCCAUCCCCACUCCGGUGCUUUUUUGAAUUGAUAAAUGUCUCACUUUGCCCAUGCUUUGCAUGUAAUGACUCAUGCAUGAUUUUCUUAAUAGUUUGUUUCAUACAAAUGGAAUUCACAACAUUUAAUAAGGUGAAGAAAGCAUGAACCUUGAACGCUGCCACUAUUAUUACACAGUAAGACAGGAAGUAGUUUGAUAAUAAAUAGUGUGUCUAAGUACUUCACAUUUCACUUGUGUGUGCAAUGCCUUUUUUGGGGAGAGGGAAAAAUCCAGCAGUAGUGAAUAUGUAGUUGGAGGGUUUUUUUUUUAAGUACUGCAUCAUCCAGCCUUGUUUCUGUGGUUUCCUUUUGAUAAUGCUAGGUCAUUCAUAAUGUAUUUUUAGAAAAGUAAUUAAGAAUGCCAAAAAUAUGUAUCAUUUGAUCUGAACCCAUAUCAUGUGGUGUACUUUUUAUUUUUUUUCCAGACAGGAUUGCAACAUGUAAUUUUAUGUGCACUGUAUAUUUUUAUGAAUGUUUUAUUUUGUAUACCACAUGCAAAAAUGUUCAUGUGCACUAUUUAAAUGUUUUAAAUAAUAUAUUCCUUCUCUAUAACGCUAAAUCUAUUUGAGUACAAUAUUUUUAUAAGUCUGUAGCCUGACUGGGUUCAUUGAGUUACAGCUGCUUCCUAAUUUGGUUGUUGAGUGUUAGUUUUGGCUGAGUAGAGUAGUGAAGUGGCUCACACGCCUCCAUGUGCUCAUACUGACUCACGGUUAGUAGUGGGGAUACUUAGGCAGCUUGUGAGAGUUUUACUUUGGUACAAAUAAAAAUUAUAUCUAUAUAUAAAUACUAUAUAGAUACAGAUCUAUAUGUGUCCAUCUUAUGAUUACAUUGCUGUGUUUGUUUGGCACUUCAUUGUACAGACUUUUUUAAUAAAAGAACUUUACUGUUCUAAGUCAUUGUAAA